GCGCACACAAGCGCGCACACACGCUCGGACGGACGGACGGACGGACACACAGCCGCACACACACCCGCACAUAACAAGCACAGCAGCCCGCACUGGCAGCCCGCACCCUGGCUCCCGCUCCGCCGCUCCGCGCCCGGGGGGAAGAUGAGCUCGGGGGACGUAGUUUGCACUGGCUGGCUCAUCAAAUCACCCCCCGAAAAGAAACUCAAGAGAUACGCCUGGCGGAAGCGCUGGUUCGUGCUGCGCAGGGGCCGCAUGAGCGGGAACCCCGAUGUGCUGGAGUACUACAGGAACAGCCACUCCAGAAAGCCCAUCCGCACCAUCGACCUCAAUGAGUGCGAGGUGCUCAAGCACUCGGGGCCCAACUUCAUCAGGAAGGAAUUCCAGAACAACUUUGUCUUCAUCGUGAGGACCACCUACCGCACCUUCUACCUGGUAGCCAAGACUGAGGAGGAGAUGCAGAUCUGGGUGCGCAACAUCAGCCAGAUCUGUAACUUUGGACAUCUGGAAGAUGGCACAGGUUCUGUGGAGAGCCUGUCUCACACGACCUCGUCCCCACAGCCCUCGCCGGCCGCCUCCACCCACGCCUCCCGCAUCACCGACCCCUCCUUCUCAGUCGAGCACGCUGCUGCUGACGCUGCCACCGAGGAGACCCCCAGCGAGUCGGGCUCUGUCUUCCUCCCUGACUACCUCUUCCUGUCCAACUGCGAGUCGGGCAAGCUCAGCCACAACAGGUGUGACAGCUGGUCAAAUUCAGACAGAUCUCUGGAGCAAACAUCAUCAGACGAUGUUUUUGUUGACUCCUUGCAAUCCCAGCCCUCCCUGUACCUUGUACAGCCAACCAGCGCUGGUGCCAUGCAGCAGGUUGGAGCCCCAGUGGCAAAUCCCAGCAUGGUGUCCAGGAACACAGACAUUAGUGGGCCAUCCAGUGACUUUUCCUCCUCUUCCCCACUGCUGGGGACGCCGCUGACCCCGACGUUUCAGGUUGACAAGAGCCAGAAGGCGCUGCCCUUCAGGGUGACACAGCUGGAUGUGCUGUCCAACACGCCGCCACCGCGGCCACCCAAGCCCACGCACUUCUCAGACAGGAGGGGAGAGGAGCUGGGGGCCCUGCAGAACGGGCACGCGGGCAUCUGCCGGGCUCAGGUCGCUCUGGUGCCCAGAAGGAUCUCCUUGUCCAGCUUGGACAACAUGAGGAACUGGAAAGCAGACAUGGAAGGCAGUUCCCUAAGAAGUCGAGAUAAGAGGCUUAGCUUGAAUUUGCCGUGCCGCUUCUCCCCGCUGUGCUCGGCGGCCGCGGACAGCGCUGAGGACAGCUACGUGCCCAUGCGCCCCAGCACCUCGCCCUCCGCGCCCGCCCCCGACUGCUCCCCCGACGGAUACAUCCCCAUGAGCCCCGGCUCCGCCACCUUCACCUUCCCCGUCGUCAGCACUGAAAAACUCACCAGCCCCUUGCCUGAGCUUCCCUCUGACGUGGAGCCCCCUCCGGUGAACCGGGACCUCAAGCCUCGGAGGAAGUCACGACCACCUCCUCUGGACUUGAGGAACCUCUCCACAAUCCGGGAGCAUGCUGCUGUGACCAGGAUGUGGACUGUGCCUUACAAUCGAAUGAGCUUUAUCUCACCAGAAAGAGACAGUAUUAAUUCAGCAAGAAUAUUUGCCAAUUCAGUUUCCGGAGAAGAGGAAGAAAGUUACAUUCAUAUGGAACAGAGACAGGCCACCUCUCCCUACAGUGGUGCUUUUCCAUGGACAAGGAAAUCUAACCUUGAUUACUUAGCACUGGAUUUUAACUCUGCUUCCCCAUCCCCUGUGCAGAAGAAACCUUUUCUGUCUGAGGAACAGAGAGUGGACUAUGUCCAGGUAGAUGAACAGAAGACUCAAGCUUUACAGAACACUAAGCAGGAAUGGACAGAUGAACGACAAUCAAAAGUAUAAAGGAAGAAGAUUUUGGAUCUGGAGGGGUGUUUUUUUUGCACUGGAACCACAAUGUUAAUGAAGCAGCUAUUACAGGAGAGCUCAAAGGCAGAGAGAGUUGUAAGAUGCUUACAGUCUGUAGAUGCAUUUCUACUGGAAACCUUUGAUUUCAGCUGGAAGAAGUAUGUUGAGUGAGUGAGUGGUUCACUGAUGACUAAAGUAAUGCAUUAGCCUUUUACUGCCCUUACCAGUAUGCUCCAUGGUACCAUUUUCUGGCAUGAUUCUGCAACGAGUCAUACACUUAACGUUAACAAAUCCACUACAAGUUGUAUUAAUCUAGUUUGUCCUGCCUUCUCCUUCUGUUGCUUAAUUCCUAGUUGCUAAAGCUAUUUUUUGAUAUUCCUACAAAUGCUGCAGGUGCUCAGAGUGCUUUUAUGGCAACAGGCAUCUGACAGGUUUUGGUGACUAAUCAACUAAGGGCUAAAUACUGAAACAAUAAUAAGAACUUUUUGACUAUAUAGUGCUUAAGCAAAGAGAAUUUUGAAAAAUAUUUUUCCCCUGGGUUUAAAAGGUCUGGCUGUGAGUUGAAGCUGUCAGAACUCAAAAGAGGACUACGUGCCCAUGCGGCUGGAAUGCAUGGUCUUUGACCCUCUGGAUGAUGGUCAUUGUACUCAGCUUCUUCCCUCCAUUGUGGCUCAUACCUGUCACUUUUCUGUCUGAUUCCUACUGAUGUUCCCUCCCCUGUCUUGGGAAGUGUCUUUGGCACAGCACAGCUGCUCUUCUAGUAGGAGGCUGCAGCCACACAGCUCUUGGCUGGCCAAAAAAUAGAAGGGGAAGCUGUGAGCUUGUUUCUGCAAGCCUUGAGAGAACUGGCGAAGGAUCAAGACUGCUUUCAUCUGAACAGCAGAAGGAAUGCCAUUGGAAUGCUGGUAGCAGUCGUCAAGCUGAUUGUUUCACUAGACCCACCCCAAAAGAAAAAAGAGCAUUAGGAAGUGCAGCGUGCUCUGGGAGGCCAGGAGCCUGCCAAAACAGGACAACAAUGUGCUCACACAGCAUGAGGACCUCUGGGCUCAGGAAGCUUAUCUACCUUGGGACUUGUUACAGGCACUAUCUCAGGAUGACAUGUGUGUAUAGUUUAUAAGAUAUUUAACUUUAAACGCUUGGCUGUGGUCUGUAUUUUACAGUGGCACACAGCCACUUGACUCAUGGAAGUGGGCAGUGAUGCUGAGUGACCCACACUGGAUUUGGUCUCACAGGCUUUGCUCCUGUAGAUGAGUCCCAGUAGCCAUAAGAUGUCUGAUGCUGUCAACAGGGACAGACAGACAGGACCCUUAUAAAAGAUUUCUUCUCUGACAGUGCCAAUUUGCUGGCCUCCCUUCAUGUGCCUGUUGUUACCACGUUGCAUUGCUGUAACCUGACAUCCUAAAAAUUCUAAUCUACCAAACAGAGGUCAUAAAAAUGCCACUGCAGAAACCACUGGCAUUUCAAGGUUCCUACUCAACUUGUUCCUUACACCCUGUGUGCUCCCAUCAUUCAGGCACUCUGGGAGGCCAUCACACAUCCUGUGGCAGAGGCAGCAGAGCUAACAGAAACACAGUUUUCCUCCUACCUCAAGAGAGCUGAAGGGCUUGCAAGUCUCACUGGUUCUUUAGCCCAGCCCCUGGGGAUCUGUGGUGACCAGGAUUUCACUAGGUUACCCUGCAAGAACAAGGUUCACCAGCGCCUUCACUGACUGGGGCAAACUGGGCACCCAGGCCUGCAGGUGUGAAGUGUCCUGGUCUAGAGCUGCUUGGAAAUCCAGGGUUGGUCCUGCAGGUAGCUGACCUGCUGUUCCCCCUGCCCUGCUCUUCCCCCCCUCACCAAAGCUCUCAAAUGAAAGUUGAUGUCAGUAAAAAUUUUGAAAAUAGUUCCAACUAUACAUACA